AUGUCACGAUCAACUAUUGUGAUUGUGCUGAUCGUUAUUGGAAGCAAUUUGCUUCCGUGGGCGGUGCUGGCGGGCCGAAGUAAAAGCGGUUCGGCGAAACCUGCUUGUUCGAGCGAUGAGUUUCAGUGCGAUAACGGAUCGUGCAUUCCGAAGUCUGGCCACUGCAACGGUAGUAAGGAUUGUUCUGAUGGCAGUGAUGAGGAGGGCUGUGAUUAUUUCCUGUGCCGUAAACCUAUGUGGUACCGGUGUAAAAAUGAUAGCACCUGCAUCAGUGCGUCGUUCCUGUGCGACAAUCACAAAGAUUGUCCGCUAGGAGAUGACGAAGAGAACUGCGAAAACUUUGAGGUUCCGCACGUCCCAGUGCCCUGCAGCAAGUUUGAGUUCACCUGUACGGAUAAAAUGUGCAUUCCUCUGGAUCUGGUGUGCGAUGGAACGGAGCAUUGUUUGGAUGGGUCGGAUGAGACAAUCGGAUGCAUGGACAUUGAAAGUAAGUGCAAAGGAUUCCUGUGUAAGAAUAAACACUGCCUUAAGAACCACGAUUGGGUAUGCGAUGGGAUCGACGACUGCGGCGAUGGAUCGGACGAGGAAAGCUGCUUCGCAGCCUGUGAUCUGGAGCACGGUAAAUACGAAUGCGCUGAUAAUAGAACCUGUGUCGAUCUGAAGCAGGUUUGCGAUGGGAAGGAUGACUGUGGGGACCGCAGUGACGAAGGCGGGCUGUGCGAUUCGAAAGAGUGCGACACACUAACAUGUCCGGAAGGCUGCCAAAAGACACCACAGGGGGCAGUUUGCCUGUGUAAGAAGGGUUUCGUUUUUAGCAAAAGUUCAAAAACUUGUGAAGACAUUAACGAGUGUGAACGCCACGGGCUGUGCUCACAAGGAUGUGAAAACACUCCCGGAUCAUUUAACUGUACCUGUGUGAACAAAUUUUCACUGCAGAAAGAUGGCCGUACGUGUGAAUUGAAUGACGCUUCGGAAGCUCUCAUGCUCUACUCAACGCAAAAGUCUAUCGGUGCUCUGUACCUAACAUCCAAGCAUCAGUAUUAUGUUGCAAAAGAUCUGUCUCAAGUGAUCGGAGUCAGCUACGAUGGAAGUCAUGUUUACUGGUCGGAUAUUUCUUUGAAGACAGAAGCGAUCGAACGCUCUCUGGAAGACGGCAGCAAACGGGAGUUGUUGCUCACCUCCGGAUUGGCUUCUCCGGAAGAUCUGGCUCUGGAUUGGCUAACCGGUAACAUCUAUUUCAGCGACGGCGGACACAUGAUGAUCGCGGUUUGCUCCAACAAUGGCUUUCACUGCAAGAUACUGAUUCAGGAUAAUCUGCACAAACCCAGAGGUAUUGCUUUACUUCCACUAAAUGGAACCAUGUUCUACUCGGACUGGGGAGACAAUCCAAUGAUUGAAACUGCCAGCAUGGACGGCACGAACAAGCGCGUACUGAUAGACAAAGACAUUCAUUGGCCCAAUGGUUUGUGUCUGGACUGGCCGAAUGGUCGGUUGUACUGGGUUGAUGCAAAACUGCGAAAGAUCGAGAGUGUUCGUCUGGAUGGCAGUCAUCGACGAACGGUUCUGAGCGAUGUGGUGAAACAUCCUUUUUCGAUUUCGAUCUUCAACGAUCGCAUUUACUGGUCGGAUUGGGAUACCAAGAGCGUUCAAUCGUGCGACAAGUUCAGUGGGAAGGAUCGAAAAACCUUAGUGCACGAUCGUCAGAUUUUUGAUGUCCAUGUGUAUCACUCCAGCAUUCAACCGAAAGGGGAUCAUGCAUGUCUCGGCAGCCUAUGCUCACAUCUCUGCCUGCUAGCACCGAACAAUAAUUACACCUGCGCCUGUCCGUACGGAAUGGCACUGAAACCAGAUAAGCACUCUUGCCAAGAAAUCAUCAAACGCCAAUACCUGCUCAUGGGAAUCGGAAACUACUUGGUCCGGAUGGACAUACCGGCCUUUGGACGGCAUGAAACUACUAAAGGCGAUGCAUUCCAGUUCUUCAUCUCGCGCAUGGUAUUCAACUCCAUCACUGGUGAGCUAUUCGUAGCUGAUAACAUUCAGAAAGUGAUUUUUACCGUCGACAUAAAAGCAAAAACCACGCGGAAACUGAUCUCCACCGGCAUUGGAAACAUCACCGCAAUGGCCUUCGAUUUCCUCGGUAACAACCUGUACUGGUCGGACAGUGAGCGCAGCACCGUGGAAGUGUUCUCGCUCCAAACUCAUCACCGCUCCAUCCUGCAGCACUACCUCGGCACGGAUACUCCAGUCGGUUUGGCAGUGAUUCCGGAAACCGGAAAAAUGUUCAUCGCACUGCGUUCACCGCUUCCUGUUCCACAUACGCACAUCGAUCGGCAGGACAUGAACGGUCGCGGACCACAUACGCACAUCAUCGAGGAAAAGAUAAGUGGUAACGGUUCGUUCAACUUCGUGAUUGAUCGUGAUCUACGAUCGGUCUACUGGAACGAUAUGGGUUUCGGUCGAAUUGAGUUCACCAGCUACGAAGGCGAUACUCGCCAUCUGUUUCGCGAUUUUCCUCGCAUGCCGGGACCGGUUUCGAUUGCAAUCGUUGAAGACGGGCUCUUCUGGACCAGCUACCGAUCGCGACGUCUGUAUUGGUCCGACAAGCACAAUCUCGGUGUUACGAAGAAACUCAACAUAGAAAAACCUCCGUUCGGAAAUUUCCCGGAUGAGAUCGUGUUAUUGGCCAGCCAACCAUUGCAGCGGUACGAUCAUCCCUGUCAAAAGCAAAACGGAGGCUGUUCACACAUCUGCAUAGCAGCAGGAAUGUACAGCAGUUCAUGCGUUUGUCCAACGGGAAUGAUCUUUAGCACACCGAAGAACACAACGUGCAUCGACGCGAUCGACUGUGAGUUCAAGUGUACCAGUGGUGAGUGUUUAACGAUCAGCAAACGGUGCAAUGGAAAUGUGGAUUGUGCAGAUGGAUCCGACGAAAAAGGAUGCGAUGAGCAAGCGCGAUCGGCAAGCGUUGAAUGUCGAUUCGAUCAGUUUAUGUGUGCCGAUCGGAAAAAAUGUAUCGACCAAAAACUACGAUGCGAUAAGCACUUCGACUGUCCCGAUCAGUCGGACGAGAAGAACUGUGAAGGUUACGACCCUGGCAAGGGCUGCCACGAAAAUCAACAUGCUUGCCCGGACGGAGUGUGUAUCGAUGUAAAUGCCCUGUGUGACGGGUUUAUGGAUUGUUCGGACGGAUCUGAUGAAGAAAAUUGUACAAAUUUGAAUAACGAAAAGCACAAUGCCACUACCUGUGCACCGAUGAUGUUUCGAUGCAACUCGGGUCAAUGUAUUCCCAAGUGGUGGGAAUGCGAUGGACAUCCGGAUUGCUCUGACGGUUCAGAUGAGCAUGGAAAAUGUCUCAAGAAAGCGGAGUGUGCAAAGGGUUUCACUAAAUGUGCCUUGGGGCACUGCAUCGAGGAUCGAUUUGUAUGCGAUGGAAACAACGACUGCGGGGAUAAUUCGGACGAACAAAACUGCACAGCAGAGGCCGAACCUUGCGUGGGCUUAGAAGAGGAGAAUCCAACGAAGUUCCUGUGUGCUCGUUCCGGAAAAUGUCUUGAAAUUGCUGUGCGAUGCAAUGGAACUUCAGAGUGUCCCCACGGGGAAGAUGAGGCAGACUGCAGCAACUGCGGAAUACACGAUUUUCAAUGCAAAAGUGGGUCAUGCAUCAGGAAAGAGUGGCGAUGCGAUAAAGAAAUUGAUUGCGACGAUGGAAGCGAUGAAGUGGAUUGUGUUAAUGGCACAGACGCAGCGCAGAAGCAGUUUUACGUAGCCUGCGGUGAGGGUACAUUCGAGUGUAAACCCGGCGUUUGCAUUGAAAUGAGUAAGGUUUGCGAUGGAACGAAAGAUUGCGCAGAUGGUACGGAUGAAGGAAAAGCCUGCGCUGAUGCUUGUACUAAAAACCCUUGCGAGCAAAAAUGUAUCAAGACUCCUGGUGGACCGGUUUGCGAUUGUCGUACCGGGUUCACACUAGCAGGGAAUCGAAAAUCUUGUCUGGACAUUAACGAAUGUACCGAAGGUAAACCUUGCGCUCAAAUUUGUACUAACAGCCGCGGUUCGUUCCGCUGUUCGUGUAAUCCUGGAUUCAUGCUGCGCUCGGAUAAAAUUUCUUGUAAGGCAGUUGGACCUAAUCGAUACGUGUUGUACACUUCGUACAAUCAAAUUCGAAAGCUCGAAGUUACGCCUCCCUCGAUUCGUGUGCUUCUUCAAACCAACGAAUCCAAAAUUACCGAUUUAGACGUUGAUGUUCGGCGCCAGAAGCUCUACUAUACCGACGAAUAUAGUCCAGUUAUCUACCAACACGACCUCGCUAAAAAUAUCACCGAAACAUUGCGUAAUGUCGGUCAACCAGAUCAUCUAGCCGUGGAUUGGAUCACUGGCAAUCUGUACUUUUUCGAUCAUUCCGAACCUUCAAUCAAGUUAUGCUACCCGCAAAGUAAUAACUGCGCCCGCAUUGUAACGUUUUCAACUCAGGUGUUCGUAAAAGCUUUGGCCGUCGAUCCCAUAAACCACGUAAUGUUCUUCGCUCAGAUGCACUUUUGGAUUUUCCAAGUGCCCCACUCCAUUAUCUACCGCGCCAACUUGGAUGGCUCCCACAUGGAAGUCAUUACCAAGGACGUCUCGCACGUCACCGACUUGCAGUGUGACACCGAAAACCAGCUGCUCUAUCUGACCGACAUAAAUACCAAAUCGCUCAAGGUAAUUGACUACGAGGGUAAACAACUCCGAACUGUAGUCGAUAAGCAACCGCUCGCCGUCGGUCGACCGAUCGGAUUUACUUUGUACGAAAAUACUGCCUUGGUUCUGAACAUGGCUUCCUCUACCGUCGGCCAAUGCAAGCUCUACGGUGAUUACGAAUGUAAAUUACUCGAACUGAAUGUCCACAACUCCAAUCAGUUGUUGAUUGUUCAGGAAUCCCGUCAACCAAUGGUCGACAAUACAUGCGAUGCCGCCAAAAUUAACUGCAGUCACAUUUGUGUUCCAACUGCAAAUGGCGGCAAGUGCAUCUGUCAUAACGGCGAACAUGUCCGCCCAGGUGAGUUAUGCCCUUAUAACAGCGAGCUCCUUCAUCCAACAAAUAAACGGGUGUCAAUUGAGUCAUCACUGAACCUCGCAGAACAUCAGGCGCCCUCUGACACUUCCAACGCCUUCGCAAACAUAUUCGUCUCUUUGCUGGUAGUCGGCUUACUGCUAGGAGCAGCCGUGUACUACUAUAAGCGUCGCUUCAGCCAAAAAUUCGAAGUCGGUAUGCACUUCCACAAUCCCGAACUGAGCACAAUCGAUUCGGCACAGGUUAGGAUGUUCCAGGGAGUUCCGAAGCUGAACGAAACCGCCACCCAUACGGAACUUACGCUGGAAACGACACCACCAUCGUCCGGUGAAACUCCCCGCCGGUCCGAUGUCACCUGUACGGCGAUGGAGCUGGAGAAUAUGUCCGAUGCGGACUCAAUGAAGGAUGCCUACUGCUGCACGGAUGAAGCCCGGCAGCGACUGAUCAUGUGA